AUGUCUGAAUGUCCGUCCCGGUUUGGCGAUACACCACCUGUACCACCGAAAAAGCGUGCUCGACUGGAUGUACCAACGGUUGAUACUGUUAACGGUUCUACAGAUGCUACCUCUUUUUGCCCUGAGAACAUGCAUUUAGUGUCUGUGCUUCAAAACGAUCUUCGAAGUAAGUGUUUAGUGUUGCAUACUCGUUUUGGUGAUGAUCCAAAGGAAGCUAUUGUAACGCUUCAGAAAUCGUCAUUCCCAAAUGAUCCAAACACUUUAAGACGUUGUAAAGUAGUUAAUAAGCUCAUCGGUUUCCAUGCUUCCAACGAUAUUAAUGAACAAAAUAAAACUGACGAGACUGAAGAUGAUAAUUUUCCUCAAUGGCAAGCCAAGUCUAUUAUGAAAAACGAUAUUUAUCAUCGCUUUCUUAUAACAAAUGGUCUAGAGUCUAUCAAUGGUAUUGAAAUGACCGUGACAUAUCCUGCCGAAUCACAUCACUUUUCUAGAUAUACCAACUCCCCUCGUCACAUUAUCCAAGAGACUCCUGAAUUGUAUAAAGAUAUCAUUCUCCCUUUUUUGUCCCAGAAACCCAAGGAUCUUACUUGGAUUGAUAAUGUAAUCGCAGGAAUUGCUGAACAAGAUCGUACUCUUCACAGUGAUCCUGAUGAAGUAUUUGGAUUCACAUUAGUAUUAGAUUAUCGAUGGGAUGGAUUACGCAUUCAAGAACUUCACUGUCUGGGUAUCGCUCAUGAUCAAAAAUUGACGUGUCUACGAGAUCUUCGUAGUUGUCACGUUCCAAUGCUAAAAAAGAUUUUGCAAGUAGGCCGUGAUACACUCUUUUCAAAAUAUUCUACAUCAGAAACAUCCGAUAAUCAAAUGUCCAGUGAUAAUUCAAAAAUUCUUUUAUCAAAAGACCAAAUUCUUGCAUAUAUACAUUAUCCACCGACUUUUUAUAGAUUCCACAUUCAUUUCGUACACAUGGAUUCUGGAGACAACUAUAGCACUAAUGCAUGCAGAGCACACAUACUCGAAGAAGUUAUCCGAAAUCUUGAACAGGAUGAUUUGUAUUAUGCAAAUCGUACAAUCACAAUGUUUCUGCAUGCUAAUAGUCCCAUGUUUACGGCUAUUUGUGAAAACAACUCUCAAAAAUAUGUCGUCACUUCAGUUCCUGAUUAA